AUGUCAUGUAAAAUCACUGACCUCAGCAACUCCUCCAGCAGUAACACCAUUGACCUGCACACCUCCUCCAGCAGGAGCAUCACUGACCUGCACACCUCCUUCAGCAGUAACACCACAGACCUCAACACCUCCUGCAGUGGUAACAACAUUAGCCUCCACAGCUCCUCCAGCAGUAAAACCAUUGACCUCCACACCUCCUCCAGCAGGAACACCAUUGACCUCCACACUUCCUCCAGUGGUAACAACAUUAACCUCCACAGCUCCUCCAGCAGUAAAACCAUUGACCUCCACACUUCCUCCAGCAGUAACACCACAGACCUGCACACUUCCUCCAGCAGUAACACCAUUAACCUCCACAACACCUCCAGCAGUAAAACCACUGACCUCUGCAUCCGCUUCAGCAGUGAAACCACAGUCCUCUACACCUCCUCCAAUGCAGUAACACCACUGACCUGCACACCUCCUUCAGCAGUAACACCACAGACCUCUACACCUCCUCCAGUGGUAACACCAUUAACCUCCACAGCUCCUCCAGUAGUUAAAAUAUUGACCUCCACACCUCUUUCAGUAGUAAAACCAUUGACCUCCACACUUCCUCCAGCUGGAACACCAUUAACCUCCACAGCUCCUCCAGCAGUAACACCACUGACCUACACACCUCCUCCAGCAACCACUCAAGACAAAAACAUCUUUCAGAUACCAGUCUGGACUGAGAGUCUUUAUCACUGCCCUUUCUAUAGAGGGCAGUUACCUGCUGGUCUGAUUAUAUAAUGGCAAUUACUGUUUGCCAGGCAACUCCUCCU